AUGGAUAUAAUUAAUAUAGAAGACGUGGAAACUGGUGUUCGCCCAUCUAAAAAUUCAACUUCAAUACAGUGCAACUGCAUACACUCAAAUUCAAUAUGCUAUAUUGUAGUAACAAUUGCUACCUUGGCCCUUCUGGGUGCAAUUGUUUUCAUCUGUAGAGACUAUAUUAAAGUGUUACUCUAUUGGAUUGAGCAUCAAAACAUAUGGAUUGUUACUGUAAUAUUCAUUGCACUAUUUACAGUGGUUUCAUUUCCUAUUGUAAUUGGUUAUUUAUUCCUUAUCAUUGCUAGUGGUUACCUCUUUGGCAUAUUAAGAGGUAUUGUGAUGGUAGUAUUAUCUGCCAACUUAGGAAUAGCUAUAGCACAUGUCACACUUAGUGCACUAUCAUCUAAGUUACCUAUUGGAGCUCUCUUACAAAAUGACACUGCGAGAGCAAUACUCAGAGUUAUAUCUGGACCACAAGCUUUUAAAGUUGUAUUGUUCACAAGAUUAACUCCUAUUCCUUUUGGCUUGCAAAAUACUAUUUUUGCGGUAAGCAAUAUGGGUGGUAUUCAGUACCACAUAGCUAGUGCAUUGGGCUUACUGCCUGCUCAAAUCAUUAACAUUUACCUAGGCAGUAGCUUGAGAUCUAUGCAAGACGUUCUUGAAGAUAGAUCAACAGCAGCAACUGGUUAUAUUGUCUUCUGUUUUCAGAUUCUUAUAGGUAUUUCAUUAAUGGUGUAUGUUGUACAAAAAGCACGCAGAGAACUUCAGCUGGCUUUACUAGAGGCUGAUCUUGCCUCUAUGGCUGAUACAUCACACUACCUUCUUGAUUCAUUACCAGAUUCUAAAAUAGUUUUAACAAAUCUUAUUGCCUAAAUGUUAGUUUACUUUCUUAAUUGGUACCUGCAUGUUUCAUACCUUUUGUUUGUGACUAACUGCAGGAAGGACGUUUAAUGGAUAGAAAAUAUUCAAUUUUUUAUUUAUUAAUUACAAAAAAAGUCACGGAACCAUAUUUUCCAUGCAAUAGUAUUCUAAAGGUAAUGAGUAUUUUGUGAAGCCAGCAAUAAUUAAUUUUUCGACAAUAACAAAAACAGAGUUUCAUGUCCGUCAUUUUUUUUGGUAAGAAAACCAAUUUUGUGCCAAAUCUCAUUUUUGUAUAGUAAAAAAUUGUUGACCUUGUUUAUUCCAGCGAUUUGAAUGCAUUUAUAAUUGAUACACGCGCGCGCGCGCGCACACACACAAGGUGUCCCGUAAGUGGUGGUACAAUUGGCA